AUGGCAGAGUCAACAAAUUCUGCUGCGCCCACGGGCGCUGGCAAGGCUCAGGCCGCCCCGAAGCCGCCCAACCCAGCGUUCAAAAUGAUGGGACUUCCUAAUAUGCGCUUCAAAUUGCCCUCUCGCAACUGGAUGAUCUUCCUUACCAUCACUGGAUCAUUCACCGGUGCUCUCAUAUACGAUCGUCGGGAAAAGCGUCGCGUACAACAGAAGUGGUCGGAGCUCGUGGCUCACAUUUCUAAAGAAACUCUACCAGUCGACCAGAUGCGCCGGAAAAUGACAGUAUACCUGGCUGCGCCGCCAGGAGAUGGCUUGCGUGUGGCUCGGGAUCAUUUUAAGGAAUAUGUCAAGCCCAUCCUGGUGGCCGCGGCGUUGGACUAUACGGUGAUCGAAGGGCGACGUGAGGGCGAUGUGAGAGCCGGCACGGCGGAAAAUAUUCGCAAGCAGCGCCGAAAGGCCGGAGAGCCCAGUUCAGUUGUUGAGGAGGUCGGCGUGGAAGCAGUCGUUGCUGCCACCCGGGAACACAUUGGGGUCACCGACGAACCCGGUCCCAAGGGCGAUUUGGUCAUCGGCCGGCACACCUGGAAGGAGUAUAUCCGGGGUUUGCAUGAGGGCUGGCUUGGUCCCUUGGACCCGCCACCUCCGCCUCCGGAGGAGUCGAAGGAGUUGACCCCGGACACAGCGGAGGACAGCAGUGCGGCCAAACCCCCUGGUCUCGCGAACCCCGAGAUUGCGAGCAUCGAUUCCCCCGAGUUCUCUGAAGAGAAGAAAGACGAGAUUCCUGAGCCUAAGAUCGAGGAACCCGAGAAAGAAGAAGAGAAGAAAGAAGAGAAGCCUUCCAAGCCAGCAGGUCCUACUCCUGCAUACAUCUACCCCAGCGAAUACUCAUCCGCCAUCCUUCCCCCCACCAUCCCUCAAUCCUUCGAGAGCUCCACCCCAGUCGAGUUCCCCCAUAUUCUCGGAUUCCUGAACACCCCGAUUCGAGUCUACCGCUUCCUCACACAACGUUACCUUGCCGAGGACGUCGGGCGCGAAGUUGCCGCAAUUCUCGUUCACCGACCUCCCCCUCGCAACUAUGAACAGCAGACCGUAAUGGAGACCGCUGAAAAAGAGUGGCACAAGUCCGCGCACAAGCGCGAAGAAGAUGAGAAGGUGAAGGAGCGCGAGUGGAUUGAUGACAUGGUGCUUGACCAGCGUAUUGCCUCGCGCAUGCAGCGCGCCACCCUUUCCCCGGAAGAUGAGGCGCGCGCUCAACGCAUCGCCGAGAAACAGGAAUACAUUCUUGGCGAGGAGCGGCCGACUCCCGUGCCUUUCUGGAAGCGCAUGUGGAUUAAUUACGGCUAUGGUGAGAGUGACGAGGCCCUGAGACGUAAGCCCAUUUUGGGUAACAUCGACGGAGAAGACAUACAGUGA